CUGGCUUUGUUUUCUUUCACAUUUGCACUUCCUGAAACCGAAGCUGUUUAUGAGAAAUAGCAUUUCUACGAGGUUGUGCUGAAUUAACGUUCUUCAGAGUGUUUUUCACCUUCUUCAAGACAAUAGUGACCGAGCGCGGACCCAGAGACGCUGCCUCCUCGGGGGCCAUGGAGGACCGUCGGGGGGCCGCGGCCACGCUCCUGGAGGACUGCCGGCGCCUGCUGGCCGGGCUGCCCGAGGCGCCCGCGCCGGACGCAAGCGAGGACGUGCUGAGCGGAGGGAAAAUAGCAUCUCCUGCAUUCCUGUCUCUGAUUCUUCAUGCAGAGACGGUCGCCGAAGUGCUUCACUUCCUGCUCAAAACACUUCUUCAUGCCUCGCUGCCCCCAUUGACCUGCGGGGCCGCCGGGACAGCUCCCCUCCCCAGCGAGCUGAGGACCCUCAUCCAGGAGGCCAAGGACAUGAAGUGGCCCUUCGUGCCUGAGAGGUGGCAGUACAAACAAGCCGUGGGCCCGGAGGACAAAGUCAACCUGCAGGACGUGAUUGGCGCCAGGCUGCAGCCGCUACUGGUGUCCUUGAAGGCCUCCAUCCUCGCCCGGGACUACGCCACUGCGGCGGCCAUCCUGUUCGUGAGCGACCGGCUCCUGUACGGGCUCGACGCGUCCCGCCAAGUCCUGCAGGUGGCCAAGGGGCUGCACAAGCUGUGGCCCGCCGCGCCAAUGGCCCCGCAGCUGGUCAUCCGCCAGGCCCGAGUGUCGGUCAACGCAGGAAAACUUCUAAAAGCAGAGUAUAUCCUCAGCAGUCUGAUCAGCAAUGAUGGAGCAACAGGCAGCUGGCGAUACAGAAACAAAAGUGACCGGGUCCUGGUGCAGUCCGUCUGCAUGCAGAUCCGAGGGCAGAUCCUGCAGAAGCUAGGGAUGUGGUCCGAAGCAGCAGAGUUAACGUGGGCCUCGAUCGCAGGGUACCUGACGCUUCCUCAGCCGGAUAAGAAGGGCAUCUCCACGUCGUUAGGGAUUCUGGCAGACCUCUUUGUGUCUAUGAGCAAGCAAGAGUAUGAGAAGUUUAAAAACAGCCCACGGAUGAACUUGGGCUUGCUGAGGGACGUGGACCACCGCCUGCUGCUGGCCGCUGAAGCCUGCAAGCUAGCGGCUGCCCUCAGUCCCUACACGCCGCUCUUCGUGCUCACGGCCAUGAACAUCCGUGGCACGUGCUUGCUGUCCUACACUGGUUCUAACGACUGUCCUCCGGGCGCGAGAACUGCGCAUCUGAGGGAAGCCAGAGAGGCCUUCGAGAUCGGCCUCCUCACUCAGAGACGCGACGAGCCAGAAACGGGAAAGCAGGAGCUCCACAGUCUCCUCAGAGCGGCAUUCGGCUUGGCCACGGUGCACUGCCGGCUCCACGGGGAGACUGGGCCAGGCCGGGCAGCCCAGCAGCUCUGCUGCGAGGCCAUGGGGAAGCUGUACGCAUUCAGUGCCACUGCUGGGAGUCAGGAGCGAGCCGUUCUCGCCCAGGAAGUCAUAUGUGUUGUUAGGCAGGUGAGGGACCAUUUGCAGGUUUAGAGCUUUGCAACCUCAGAAGACGGGGCUUAUGUCCCAGCGGGUUUCGAGUGUGGGCUACACAAUCCCAUCCUGCAGAGGCAAGUGGAUUUCCAGAAAAUCCUUGAAACCUACUCACAGCACCACACUUCCGUGUGUGAAGUAUUUAAAAGCACUUGUGAAAACAACAAAAACAAACAGAAAGAUUCCAACCCGGGAGUCUGCAUCACGGCACUUAAAACAGACACAAAAAGCAUAGAAACCAUGAUUAUGGAAGACAGGCCGUGUCUCCAGGCAGGCAGGGGGAUGUCCUGCUCUCAGGUGGCCCAGAACGGCUGGGAGGUACCCCGGAGGGCGGGAAGGAGAGGCUGGGCCUGUUCAGAUGCCUUCCGAGUCCCCAUGGACCCAGAUGUGGGGACCGAGAUGGAGUCACCAGGCCACCAUAGCGGCAGGGGAGCUAUUUUGAGUGACAGCCAGAGCUCUUGCUCCUGGAGCAAGUUAUCAGGGUGCAGCGCUUCCACCAGCUGGGAAGAGGUGAGUGACCACGGAGACAAGAGCCCGACCAGAGGACAGCCUAGUGGAGAGCGCCUGGCGGACACUCAGGGUCCUGCAGCCGGCGUGGGAGUGCAGGGCAGUGACAAGGGAAGCACAGCUCUGUGUUCACUGGCUUCAGAGAUUCGUGGCCUCUCUUUCCCAGAGUCCAAAGAAGAUAGUUUAGAGUCCUGUCCACCUCAUGUGCCCUUGGCCACUGGCCCCCCUCAUGGUGCCAGGGCCACACUCGUGACCUCCGGCGCAGAGUGGCUGGAGGAGGGUCUGGAAGAAAUGCAAGAAGUCAGACCUACAGGCUCCAGAGAUGCUUCUGCUCAUCCCAGACCCUUGUCUGGGUCUGCUUCUUGGUCUCCUGAUCCUGGUUGGCCCAAGAACAUGGCUGCCCCUCCUUCAGUCCAAGAAGAGACCUUUGAAAUAAUCGAUGACUUUCCAGAAACCAGCUGUGAUGCCAGAGACCGGUCUGGAGGAGACAAGGGAGAACUCACACACGGCACUGGCCUUGCAUUGACAGGGAGCCCCGCCGAGGUGGACCCAGAAGGGGAAACAGCAGACAGCACAGAGGACAUGCCCCUGGGCUCCCAUGGAGGCACCGGCGAGUCUCUGGGCAGAAGUUCCACGGUGGCAUGUCACUCUGUCACUCCUCUCUGGCCUCAUCAGAACCCAGACAGGGGACAAAGCAAGGGCUCAGCCCCAGAGCCGGACGUCGACCCUGACGCGUCCACGGUGGAUGAGCAGGGCCAGCUCCUCGACCUGAUGGGGCCGCGUGACCAUCCCGGGCUGUGUGCCCCGAGGCAGCCCUGUGCUCCAGGGGCUGGGCCGCCCCCUGGCCCCAGAAGCCAUGAGGACUGCGCGACCACCGAGGAGGGGAAUGCGCCUGAAGACGUGCUCAACUGCAGCCACAACUCCAGCUCGUCCUCGGCAAGCUGGUGGAGCUCUCCCGUGUUCUCCAGCGGGUCCUCGGAGGGGGACAGCCCCUGGUCCUACCUGAAUUCCAGCGGGAGCUCUUUCGUUUCCUUGGCAGGGUCAAUGAGGCAGGGGACCCUCGAGGCUCGCACCCUGCAGCCCGAUGACAUUGAAAGGUUGCUGGCAGGGGUGACACAUGAGUGGCUGUUCCAGAGGCUGGAGCACACAGGGGUGUUCAAGCCCAGCCAGCUGCGCCGGGCAUACGAUGCUCUUUUGUUGAAAUAUUCUAAGAAAUCUGAAUUGUGGACGGCCCAGGAAACUGUAGUAUACCUGGGGGACUACCUGAACGUGAAGAAGAAAGGCAGACAGAGAAACGCUUUCUGGGUCCAUCAUCUUCACCAGGAAGAAACUCUGGGGAGAUAUGUUGGGAAGGAGUACAAGGACCCGAAGAAGCUGUGGCUCCAUUUCUCCGACGUGGAGCGACAGAUGACCGCCCAGCACUACGUGACCGAAUUUAACAAGAGACUUUAUGAACAGCAGAUCCCAACGCAGAUAUUCUACAUCCCGUCUGCAAUACUGCUGAUUCUAGAGGGCAAGAGGAUACAAGGAUGUGUCAGUGUGGAACCUUACAUUCUAGGAGAGUUUGUAAAAUUAUCAAACAACACGAAAGUGGUGAAAACAGAAUACAAAGCCACGGAAUAUGGCCUGGCUUAUGGACAUUUUUCUUAUGAGUUUUCCAAUCACAGAGAAGUUGUGGUAGAUUUACAAGGCUGGGUGACUGGUGACGGAAAGGGGCUCAUCUACCUGACAGACCCCCAGAUCCACUCUGCUGACCAGAAAGGCGUCGCUGCCAAUUUUGGAAGACGGGGCAUUUCUUACUUCUUCAACCACCAGCAUGCGGCCUGCAAUGAGAUUUGCCGUCGUCUGUCUCUGACCAGGCCGCCAGCUGAGAGCCCAAACCAGCCUCGGGCGGCGCGGGUCGGGGGCUGACGGCAUGGGCCGAGGUCUCUCCUGCAGUUUUUGAAGAGGCACGAAAAAUGCUCUGCUCAGAACAUCUGCGACCCAGAUUGGAUCUCAGAUACUAAAAGAUGAACUGAUCCCUGAAGAAAAUUAAUGUUUUAUAAUUUUGGAAAUCAACCCAGCUAUCAAGAAAAUACUGUUUUCAGGAAGGACUUCAUUGUCUGCUACAGCUGACUCAUGCACCUGCUGGAAGAGAAGAGACUGCUAAGGUUUGCAUAUUUAUUGGGGUAUUUCCUUUGAAAAAAUUAUCUAUUCCCUUCUGCUGAAAAUGGGUUCCCUUUGUCCCUGCAAAAUAACCCUAGAGUUAUUUUUUCUUUCAACCCUAACCAUAUGUUUAUGAAAAGAAGUAAGGUUCAGAGAGCCACCAGCACCUAAGUCUAAAUGCAACAGUGUGACCUUUAAGGAAAUACACCCACUUUUUGCGGGGGGGACCUUUUAAAAAUCCAGACCAAGUGGCUGCUUCUCAGCUGUAAGGGUCCCUGUUCACAACUUUAAGUAGAACUGACCCUUGGUGUCCCUCUCAGCUGUGGGAUGGAGGGAACAAGUGAGAAGACACACCCACCUUUCCACCCUAGGCCCGCCCACAGAGGCUCAUGCACAGACACACACACGUGCUCGUGCACACAGACACACGUGCACACACACUCAAUCACACACAGAGGCUUCCUUACACUGUCACAAAUUUCUGUGCCAGGACCUCAAUCGCACAGUAAUUGCUUGUUUAUGUGUCUGCCUCCCCAUUAGCUUGGGAGCACGUGACAGCGGGGACCUAGUUCAGUGUGUCAGCCCCAGGGCCAGCCCGGCCCCCGGCUGUCAGUGAGGCCUUGUUGAAUGAGCGAACGGAAUCAUUAAAACUCACAAGAUGAAUUGAGAGUGCGGUUUUAUGAUUGGCCCAUUGUGCACCACGCUCGGUGCGAUACAGUGUCUCACGUCGCGCCCUGCACCCUGCACGUGUUCCGUGCAUGUCUGCGAGCCGCGCGAAUGAAUGAUGGCAGGUGAAAAAUCUCUUAAUUAGAUCCAGAGGGCCCUCUUUAUGUGUGGAGCCGAAUAAGAAAGGCGUUCUCAGACAUUGGAAAGAGCUAUGCCGACAUCUUUGUUUUUCAAAAGACUCAUCUGAAUGGUAAUGAGUGUGGAAAAUGGAUUAGCUCCUAGGUGGAUAGGUUUUUUGUUUGUUUGUUUGUUUGUUUGUUAUUUGUCUUUUUUUGGUCUGGAGAAAAAGUGAAAAUGCUCAAGUGCUCCACCAUUUACUUACAGCCAGUCCCUUGUUUCCUAUGAUUUUUAUUUUAGUGCUUAUUUAAUUAACACAAUUAAACUACUUUUGGUUUACAGAUUAAAAUUGGUAAAAACAAACAAAAAAACUGUCCCCAGUGUUGUGUUGAUGUUGAGUUUGAUCAUUAUUUUAUGUAUCUGUCAAUGUGACAACUCUGGAGAAAGUGACCCCCUUCGGCCCUUGGCCUCCAGUGACAAGGACAGUUCUUUCCUCCAGCAGGGCUCUCUUCCUGUGCCGCCAGAAUGCAUCGCAACCUGAUUUUUAAAGACGAUUGAUAAAUGUUGCUAACCUGCGUUAUAUGCACUGUCUCAUAAUCUGCUUCACAUAAAGCACAAACUAUUUUAAAAAUAAGA